CCUGCUAUGCUGCGCUGGGCGGAAGUGAUAUCUAGGUUCCGGUAGCGUGUGUGCUGAAAGAGAGAGAGAUAGCUGUCACCAUGAGCCGCAGCUACAAUGACGAGUUACAGUUUCUGGACAAGAUCCACAAGAACUGCUGGAGAAUCCGCAAGGGAUUCGUCCCCAACAUGCAGGUGGAGGGUGUAUUCUAUGUAAACGAUCCCCUGGAGAAGUUGAUGUUUGAGGAACUGAGAAAUGCCUGUCGAGGUGGAGGAGCUGGCGGUUUCCUUCCUGCUAUGAAGCAAAUUGGCAACGUGGCAGCCUUACCAGGAAUUGUCCAUAGGUCCAUUGGUCUUCCUGAUGUCCACUCCGGCUAUGGAUUUGCCAUUGGAAACAUGGCUGCUUUUGAUAUGGACAACCCAGACGCUGUUGUAUCUCCAGGUGGUGUCGGAUUUGACAUUAAUUGUGGAGUCCGUUUGCUACGCACCAAUCUGGACGAGGGUGACGUACAACCUGUAAAGGAGCAGCUGGCCCAGGCAAUGUUCGACCACAUUCCCGUCGGAGUGGGAUCAAAGGGCGUCAUCCCCAUGAGUGCCAAGGACCUGGAAGAGGCUCUGGAGAUGGGUGUGGAUUGGUCUCUAAGGGAAGGCUAUGCUUGGGCAGAGGAUAAAGAGCACUGCGAGGAGUAUGGCAGGAUGCUGCAAGCUGACCCUAGCAAGGUGUCUUCCAAAGCCAAGAAGAGAGGCCUACCCCAGUUGGGAACUCUGGGUGCUGGGAACCACUAUGCAGAGAUCCAGGUGGUGGAUGAAAUCUAUGAUGAAUAUGCUGCCAAGAAGAUGGGCAUUGAUCACAAGGGUCAAGUGUGUGUUAUGAUCCACAGUGGUAGCCGAGGCCUGGGGCACCAAGUGGCCACAGAUGCCUUGGUUGCUAUGGAGAAAGCCAUGAAGAGGGAUAAGAUCGUAGUCAAUGAUCGGCAGUUGGCAUGUGCUAGAAUUUCCUCUCCCGAAGGCCAGGAUUAUCUAAAAGGCAUGGCUUCGGCCGGCAACUAUGCCUGGGUGAACCGCUCAUCCAUGACCUUCCUCACAAGACAGGCCUUUGCCAAAGUGUUUAACACCACUCCUGAUGACCUGGACAUGCAUGUCAUCUAUGAUGUCUCUCACAAUAUUGCCAAAGUGGAGCAGCAUGUGGUGGACGGAAAGGAGAAGACCCUAUUGGUACACAGGAAGGGAUCAACGCGAGCGUUCCCACCCCAUCACCCGCUGAUUGCUGUGGAUUACCAGUUGACCGGCCAGCCAGUGCUAAUUGGUGGCACAAUGGGAACAUGCAGUUAUGUCCUAACUGGAACUGACCAAGGAAUGACUGAGACAUUUGGCACUACUUGCCACGGAGCUGGACGUGCUCUGUCCAGAGCCAAGUCUAGACGUAACCUGGACUUUCAGGAUGUACUUGACAAGCUGGCGGAUAAGGGUAUCGCUAUACGAGUGGCCUCACCAAAGUUGGUCAUGGAGGAGGCUCCUGAAUCAUACAAAAACGUCACAGAUGUAGUAAACACAUGUCACGAUGCAGGAAUCAGCAAGAAAGCCAUCAAGCUGCGUCCCAUCGCCGUGAUUAAGGGCUGAGUGCAGCGAGGACACUGGACUGUACACAAACUGAGAACUAACGCUAAAUUGGGAGGCCAGCCUCAUCUGAUUCUGAAUUCUCAUUUCUCAUUUUUGAUAUCUUUUUUUUUUUUUUUUUUUUCUUUUUAUUUCUCUGAAUCGGCUUACACCCUGUGUAACAGGAAUUGGUACUUGGUGACAAUGAAGUAGUUAGGGAAAGUGUUUGUCUGCAGAUUUAGAUCUCCUGCUUCCUCUUGGAGCUUAUUGAAUCCACCAUUUCCUCCUUGUAUCAAGCUUCCAGGGCUGUCAUCCUGAUGCUGUCUUCAACACUUAGUGAGUUACUAACCAGAGUAUGGUAUGCAGGGCCGAUGUUUUUUUUGUUUGGUCAAAGUGUGUAUUUCUGUACCCUUGAAUUUAGCAGAAGGUAAUGCUGUGAGCAUUAACAAGACCCUGUCGGUUCCUAAAUAAAAUCUAAAUAGCAAAGGUAUUCUACUCACCAGAUUACUCAGUUCAGCUGUUGGGAGCAAGUAAAGGGAGCCAUGUCUAAGCUCCAGUCUUCGCUUGGACAAUGCUGAGGACUCCCUCACCACUCCAAUCACUCUUUCCAGUGGCUGAACGGGACAGUGGGAAAUUUGAGUAUAUGCUAGUGUUGGCAUCUAAAUGUACGUCACUCCUGGCAACCAAUCAACUUCUCCCUUUCCUAGCUACAGCAAUAUAGAGCUUGGUGGUUAGAAGGGAUGCAGACUGCUCUGCAGUCACACUUUGUACAUGAUGCUUUUGGUUUUGCCAUUGGAUCACAGUUGUUAAAUAAGCUGAUUUUAUUUAAAGGGUCACUAAAGGCAAACUUAAAAAAAAAAAAAA